UUUUCGUUUGUUGGGUUCAGUGUCAAGCUGGCGUUGAAGGCAGCAAGUAAAAAUUUUAUUUGCUAUGAAGUAUUGCAUUUGCUAUCUGCUGCUGCUGGCUGGCAUGCUGGAAAUAAAUGCCAGGCGUCAUCGUGCUAAGGUCAAUGACAAGCUGCCCAUAACACUUUACUAUGAAGCGCUUUGUCCAUAUUGCAUGCAAUUUGUUACGGAGCAACUGAAUCCUGCAAUGAUACGCCAGGAUCGUUUGCCUUAUACGGAACUAACGCUAGUGCCCUAUGGCAAUGCCAGGGAGAACGAGGCGGGCAAUGUUGCUUGCCAGCAUGGCGUGGAUGAAUGCGAGUUGAAUGCCUGGCAUGCUUGUAUUCUAGAGCAUCACGAUGUCAUCGAGUCCUUGAAGCUUAUAGCCUGCAUGAUGCGCAGUCGCAAGAAUAAGCUUGACAAGUGUGCAGAUCGUUACAAUAUUAACGUUACUGCUGUUAAGGAUUGUAAAAAGAGCCGCAGCGUUGAUGAUAUUUUGCAAAAAUAUGCCGUGGCAACAAAUAGGGUGCCGCAUUCAGGUGUGCCAGCAGUAGCUAUAGACAAUGUUUACAAUGAUCAGGAGCAGGAGUAUAUAUCGGAAAAUUUUGAUGCUGCCUUUUGCGCUAAAUAUGAAACAAAGUUUGACAAGAAGCUACCGAACUGCGCGUAAUCAAUGUUUACACAAAUUAUACUUUCUUAUCAACUAAUUCAAUUUAAAAUAUUUACAUAUUAAUAUACAUUACAUG